AAAAAUUUGACCUUGACCCCUGUGAAAUAAAAAUAAAAAUGAAUAUCUUCUACAUUUCUGUCUGAAACAGCAGGAUGGCUUCUUCUAACACGUUGUAAUGGCCUCCCUUACUCCGCAGAUUGCUGGGUCUCCUCCAGCGAGAAUAAAUUCUCAGUCAUCUACCUAUGCACUCAGUUGGACAGAUGACCUCCCAGUAUGUCAUGAAUCAGGAGUUGGAUUUUCUACCAAUCAGAUUUACAGAGAGGAUGGACAUAGGGUGGAAGAGCAUGCAUUUGAAGAUAGAAGUUUUCAUUUCAGCCUUGAGAAUGGUUGCGAUCUGUAUGGUGUGUUCGAUGGCCAUGAUGGUGUGAGGGCUGCAGACUUUGCCACUCAGCGCAUGCCAGCUGAGCUUCUACUAGGGCAGCUUGAGGGAAAGACUGAUGAGAAUGAAAUCAGAGAAAUUGUUAGACAGGCAUUUAUUAGUGUGGAGAAGGGCUACUUUGAGACUUUGGAUGAAGCUCUUGCAGAGAAAGCACAUCUUGAGGGCCAGAUACCUGAGGGUAUCACUCCGCAAGAUAUAGCAGGAGAACAGCCAGAGUUGGCAAAUAAACUACAGGCCCUAACAGAUCAAAUACAUGGGGGAACCACAGCUGUAUUAGCCCUUAUACACAACAAGAAACUCUAUGUGGCUAAUGUUGGUGAUAGUCGAGCCCUACUAUGUAAAGAGGACAAAGACGGGAGACUGCGUGUGAAACAGCUGAGUGUUGACCACACUGUGGAUAACCAAAAUGAGUUACAGAGGCUAGCAGACCUAGGGCUGGAUGUGGAGAAGAUCAGACAGAACCGUCUUAUAGGAAAGAUGGAGUACACACGUAGUAUUGGGGAUUAUCCUGUGAAAGGUGGAUACAAAGAGAUUGAAUUGUUGAGUGGUGCUAGUUCUGAACCUGUGAUUGAGGAACCUGAUAUCCUCCAAGAUGCAAUCUCCUUAGAAGACAGCAGAGGUUUCCUUCUCCUUAUGUCAGAUGGUUUGUACAAAUCUCUGCAGGAUGCGACUGGCAGACCUCGUGUCAAUGCAGAAAUUACCAGCCUUGUGGCCCGGGAAUUUGGAAUCCAAACGACAUUGAAUGGUAUAGCACAAUCCGUUGUGGAUAAGGUUGUAAGGAUUCAUCAUGAUGCUUUUAUGACUGGAACACCCAAUCAGAAAUCAAAGACACAGAAACGUGAUGAUAUGACAUUGCUUGUAAGAAAUUUUAACUACCCUCUUCAGGCAAUUGGAAGUCCGACCUACCUUCCUGCAUCUAUGCCCUACCAGGGAAGGACAAAUACAAAUGAACCCCUACAUUUAACUAUAGGGGACAGAGAGCCUCCCUCAGUGAAUCGGAGCCUGUUCAUGCGUACUAAUGGAACUACUAUAUCUUCCACAUUAACUGGAACUAAUUACACAAACAAUAGCACAUCAUCUAAUGAGGACUCAAAUCGUGGCAGCGGGGAACAACGAUUUUUCUCGAAAAAGCGUAGUUUGCCUCUCGAUGAAAAAGGAGAGAUAGAGGGUUAUGUGGACUUUGGGAAUUAUUUCAGCGCAUUAGAAGCCAUGGAUCCUACAGAGCGUGAGCAGUUUGAAGAGGAAGUGAAGGUACGGCCAAAUUAUGAACCAAUCAAAGAGGAGCCAGAGAGGUCAGAAUCCAUUGAAGAAGCUGAUGGUUCUGGAGGAGCUCCUGUGCCAGACACUGGGUUUGCUGAGGAACCCAAGACACCAGAUGAUGAGAUAGCUGCCCCAUUGACCACUACUAAAAUAGAGCCAUGAAACUUUGAAUAAAGGACACUACAUGCCUAUUACAUUACAGUAGAACCUGUAUAUCUGAACACAUAUUUCAGUCCCAUUUUUAUGUCACCACCA